GAGAGAGAGAGAGAGAGAGGGAGGGAGGGAGAUGCUGGAGGAGGCUGGGAGAUUCAUAUCGGCGUGGACAGAGAGCUGAUGUGACAGCAGGGAGGGGGGGAAGCCGAAACUUGGAUUUCUACCUCACUGUCCUGCUUGUGUUCAUGUUGAUCCCGGGCUGAUGUCAGAAUGUCGGUGAACCCCCCCAGCAGUAACGAUGCCUGCCUCAGCAUCGUGCACAGUCUCAUGUGCCACAGACAAGGCGGCGAGAACGAGGGCUUCGCCAAGAGGGCCAUCGAGAGCCUCGUCAAGAAACUGAAGGAGAAGAAGGAUGAGCUGGACUCGCUCAUCACGGCCAUCACCACCAACGGGGUCCAUCCCAGCAAGUGUGUCACCAUCCAGAGGACGCUAGACGGAAGACUGCAGGUGGCCGGGCGUAAAGGUUUCCCCCAUGUGAUCUACGCUCGUCUAUGGCGCUGGCCGGACCUUCACAAAAAUGAGCUGAAGCACGUCAAGUUCUGCCAGUAUGCCUUCGACCUAAAGUACGACAACGUGUGUGUGAAUCCGUAUCACUACGAGAGAGUCGUUUCUCCUGGCAUCGUUGGCCUCAGCCUACAGAACACAGCUCCCUCCGGCAGGCUGAUUAAAGAGGAAUACACCCAUGACUGCGUUCAGAUGGACGUUCCUCCUGGUUUGCCUCCACAGUCAGACCACCAGGGGGCGAUGAAGCUCCCUGCACCGGAGCAUUACCCCCCACCGCUGCCACCUUUACAGAUGCCCCCUGAAGCAGCCCGAUGCCCUCCGCCUGCCACCCUCUACCCCAACAUGCCCCUCUCCCCAACUGCAUCUGGCUCGAUGAUGUCCAUGCAGGGUGGUCACAGUGAGGGUCUCCUGCAGAUCGCAUCCCCUCAGGCUCAGGUCAUGGCCCCAACCCCUCCUCCCUCCACGCCCCCUCAGGCCCCGCCCACUCAGAACGGCUACAACGGCUCCAAACACACACAGGCACAGGGAUCCUUUCACACUACUUGGACGGGCAGCAGCACGGCCUCUUACACUCCUAUAGGACGCCAGCAGAGCAGCCGCGCCCACCAGCCUCCUCUCCACCACCCCCACUACUGGUCUCAGCAUCACAGCUCGUCAUCAUUCCCUCCGCCAGUCUCUAACCAUCCAGGGCCAGAGUUCUGGUGCUCCAUUUCGUAUUUUGAGAUGGAUGUUCAGGUUGGUGAAAUGUUUAAGGUGUUGUCCAGUUGUCCCGUGGUGACGGUGGAUGGCUACGUGGAUCCAUCCGGAGGAGAUCGCUUCUGCCUCGGGCAGCUCAGUAACGUUCACCGUACUGAGGCCAGUGAAAGGGCCAGGUUACACAUAGGUAAAGGCGUGCAGCUGGAGUGUCGAGGUGAGGGCGAUGUGUGGAUGCGAUGUCUGAGUGAUCACGCCGUCUUCGUUCAGAGCUACUACCUGGACAGAGAGGCAGGACGAGCGCCAGGGGACGCUGUCCACAAAAUCUACCCAGGAGCCUACAUCAAGGUGUUUGAUCUGCGUCAGUGCCAUCGGCAGAUGCAGCAGCAGGCGGCCACGGCUCAGGCAGCGGCAGCGGCUCAGGCAGCCGCCGUGGCAGGGAACAUUCCGGGUCCAGGGAGCGUCGGGGGCAUCGCUCCUGCAAUCAGUCUGUCAGCAGCCGCAGGGAUCGGCGUGGACGACCUGCGCAGGUUGUGUAUCCUGCGUCUGAGCUUCGUGAAGGGCUGGGGACCCGACUACCCGCGCCACAGCAUCACACACACUCCCUGCUGGGUGGAGGUGCAUCUCCACCGCGCCCUGCAGCUGCUGGACGAGGUGCUACACACCAUGCCUCUGGCAGACCCUGGACCUUCUAACUGAGAGCAGGGAGAGAUAACUACACACACAAACAUGACACACACUCACAUACAUACACACAGACACACACAGUGAUCAUAUAUCACACGCACUGAGCAGGCACGGUAUAAGUCUGUGUUACAGUACUGUGUAUAAGGCGUCCUGGUUGACUUUCCCUCAUACCCCGAAAAUGAUAAUAAUCUAUUGGGUAUUUGUGAAUUUGUACUUUUAACAUUUGAGAAAGUCAAACACAUGAUGAUGUUGCUAGGCAACAAGGAAAUCGCGACUGUAAGGCUAACAAUAUAGCUAGCUAGCAUCACUAAGUCUUAAAUACAGAUGAUGUAAAGGUGAAAUGACAAUGAAAACGGGACAAUCUCAUCGGGAACACCAACAUUUACCUCAGAUGUGCUGGUUAAUUACUAAAAAAAGACUGUGUAUGGCUAAAAUUACACUUUAAUCACACUUCGCAUAAACAACAAAUAGAACUUUUACUGAAACAUGUCAACAUUGUGUCACAACUUCAUAAACUCAGAGCCAUCAGAAACUUUUAAAGUAGUGAAUAUCACAGACGUGGCUGUUUAGAGUGAAUCAUCUUGUAAGCACAGAAAACACGACCCACUUAUACUUAGCAUACAUUACGCAAGAUGAGAAGACAAAUCCAUCAGGAAUACCAACAUUUACCUCAGAUGUGAUGAUAAAUUACUAAACACAGACAAUUUACAACUAAAAUUAUCAAAUGCGUUUGAUGUUAAGUGUGAGAUGGCUUUCUAAAUAGCUAGCAUUCUAACUACCUGGUACCUGCAAGUUAGCAUGCCACUAGCUAGCUUGCUAACUUAGCUAGCUGAAUGAGGUAAUGAAUUUAGACCCUCGUGAACUGGCUACAGGAAACCCAAUCUGAACAACAUAUUUGAAUAAUUAAAAAAAACAAACAACUAUACAUCUUAUUGUUCCUAUCUAAUUUUAUACACAACUUCAUCGACCAUUUUAGCUGCAAAAAGAAACCGCAUCAUGUUGGAAGACCUUCUGCGUGAGUCCGUCACCUGACAUCUACGCUCAGGUUAAAUCCAAAACCAUAAAGGAUUCUUCAGUUUUGUUUCUCUUAGGGGAACCCGUAAUGGUUCUAUGGAGAGACGUGUUUCUUUCUCAGAAAGAGGGCCAACUCGAAUCAACUCUUUAGGAAGCUAGAAAUAGAUGAGGAACGCUUUUUAUUGACUCAAUCCUAUUUUGCGUAUAAAAAUCUCUUAAGAUGGCAGUCAGGGAUUCAGUCUAGGGAAGUGGUAGGAGGACAAGGCGCUAAAGGAGUGUUAAGGACAGUACUGUAACGCAGCUUUACUGUUUAUCCUUCAUCGGAUUCAUCCAAAUGCAAUCUAUGGAGUUGUUCCAUAGGGAUGGAAUGUACUUUUUUGCAGAAUAGAUGUAUGUAUUUAAUUUAGCACUGCCUAUCUUCUGAUUAAUGCAAGUUUUCUCUAGGCACGUGCCGAUAAUCAGUUAUAUAUCACAGGAUUGUAUACUGUUAUAGAAGACUACCCCUGUGCUCCACUCAGGAGGAGGCUGCCUAGGUAGGCCGUAUUAUGGGCACCUUGUAAGGUAAAACCUGUCCCAUUUACCAGGCAGCAUUCUGUUUACCAAACGAGUUUUUUUUUUUUUUUUUAAAGAGUCAUUUCAUUUUAAUGGAUAAAUGUGAUAAUGUCCUAAUCUGCAAUAAAUGAUUAGUCAGUUAUUGUGAUACGAGAAUUUGAUAUCGGCACAUGCCUAGUUUUCACAGGGUUGAGUUCAGGGAAAUAGCUUUACUGCCCGUACACUCUCAGAAAUCAAAAGCUAAUAAACCGUACCUUUCCUUGUCACUGGUAUACCUUUAGUAUCUUUUCCCUGGGAAGGUGCAUAUAGUGUACCUUUAAAGCUUUACUAUAUUAAUUAAAGAUAAAAUAGUGGUCCUUAAGCUCUAAACCAGGGUUCAUGGACUGGUGGAUACUAGCAGAGUAUUUCAGCAGACUGAACCACGUAAAUGAAAAAAUACUGUAGCAGAAUCUGAAAAAUGUGUAGCUCUGUGAUGUUCUCUGUUACGGCUAAUCCAAUCACGUGCAUUUAUGGAAAUUAUUUAGCUGAUGGUAGCUCAUCGGACCACACACUAGCUAGAGAAAUUAGCUUAGAAAGGAUAGAUUUUUCAUUUUACUUACAGCAUAACUUGUUUAAAAAGAAGGUUGACAACAAAAACGGAAUGUUUAAAGACAAAUGGACAGAAAAGUAUGCGAUUGUCUCCCUGCACUCUGUUCAAAACUGAUGUAUGUCCUCUGUUCGGAGUCUGUGGCUCUAGUUGAAAGUGGAACAUGAACAUGAAGUGCUGCUAUGGAGCAAAACAUAACCACAUCCAAUUGUCUUAUUUAUAGCCAUGAAUGAGCUGCACAUUUCUUGUCGUAAUUCAUGUUGAAAGAGAUUUUAUGUAAAUGGAUCUUCACAAAUUUUAGGUGAAUACUCUUUCCCCCAUUUUCUCCCUAAUUUGGGCUUGGCCAAAUACGACAGCUUCCAGCAAGUUUUUUUGAACUGCUGCUCCUACUGCAUCACAAAGCCGUGUAACACGCUCGGAGGAAAGCGCUAUCUACCCUCUUCCACAUACAGGAGCUCACAGACGCCCAUGAUUGGUUGGUGUCGCUGUGAUUGACAAGUAAGACAGAGUUUGCCCCUCCCACCCAGAUAGCACGGCCACUUUUAUCUCUUAGACUCCCGGCCAGGGAUCGCUGUGGCAUCGUCUGGAUUCAGACUCGUGAUCUCUGGACGCACUUUUACCGUUGCACUAAAGGUAAAAAUCGAUGUAGCCAUAAGCAUCCACCCCAGGAAGAAGGAAAGGUACGGUUUCAUACCUUCUUUUUUGAGAGUGCGCACAGGUCCAGAUUUGCACAUGGUUGAAUUAUAGUAAUAAUAAUAAUAAUAAUAAUAAUAAUAAUAAUACAAAAUAAUAUUCACUAAUACAGAAUAAUUCUACUCUCUCACAAACACACACACACACACACACACACACAUACACACACACAUGACUUCUGCAGGUUUGUUAAGUGUGUGAUAAUGCCCACACCUCAGAAGCCGGCUCCUUGAGGCCAAACUGUUCAGGAACUCUCUUCAGAUGGAAAACAGAACAGACCUCGAAACCAGAACUCUCGCUAUAUCCGUGCUCUGUGUUCCUCUGUGUGUGUGGAAGCCACCUCCACUUCCUGUGCUCGUCCUGAGUGUGUCCGACGAUCCAUACGAGCGCAGCCUUCGAGCUCAUUUAUUUUCAUACGAAAAAAAAAAAGAAAAGAUGCCGAAACAUUGUUCAGCUUUAAAAUGGUGGUGUUGGUAUUUGUGGUGCCGCAGUAUGGUGUUUGUAAGCAAAUCAUCUGCCAUGUGGUGUACACCAAAGCCUCAGAAUACCUCAUCGUAAUCAAGCACGGACCCGGUGGAUUUAUGUUAUAAGCCAAAAAUGGGACAUUAUUUGCAGUCUUCACCUCACCUCACACAGUAUCAUUUAACGAAAAGGGAAAAUAGGACCAUAACAAACCCAGUAACUGACUUAAAGCAUUUAUUUUGCUUGAGACAUUUAUUUACACUUAUUUGCGUCAGUGUUUCCUGACUGAAGUCCAUGAGCCUGCACUGGAUUACAGGAGUAUCCUAAACGCUAGCAAGAAUAAUAAGGGGCAAAUGUCACAUCAUAAUACAUGAUAUCAAUCACCACCAAAAAAUGUGAAGCCAUAAUCUGAAAAUUUGUAUGUUCAGAGAUUUUUGCUUAUAAAAAAAUACAAGUAAAAUUCAUGUCAAAUAAAUUACUUAUUACCAUCAACAGCAACAGAGCUAUUUAAGCACCGAUCGCUAUGUAUCGUUAUGUUCAUAUAUUACGAUAUCACCCAGCUAUAAUCCCGGUAAAGUGUAACAAUUAAUGGUAGAGCUAUUUCAUGGUAUACUGUUGUACCUGUAUAUCGUACCAAAUGUCUUUUUUUUGUCUAGAAUGCUUAGUUACCUUUAGAUUAAAGCCUAGAUUAUGGCUUCCAACUCCAGAUCUACCAUCUGAAAAGCUACCUUUUUAGGGAAGAUCAUUCAUUCUAACUUUAUUGUACAUGAUUCAUCUAACUAAGAUUUUCAACAGCCGGACCAUGAGUGUAGGAUUUGUGCAGGAAGGAGAAUAAACUGGAGGAAUGUCCAGGAAUGUUUUAAACAAAAAUACACUAUUGUAAAUACAUCACAGUGAGUAUUCAGUAAAACAGUAUUGUAUGUGCUUA